AUGGAUUUGAAAACAUGGCAGGAGAAGAAAAUGGGCAUAAGCUUUAGAGAAGAGUGUGGCAUUACUAAACUAGAUGGGUUUGAAAACUGGAAACCAUUUAAGAAUCUAGAACAAAAAAAUAAAGACAUCUCUGUCAAAGGUGUAAUAGUGGAUGAUUUCUUCCUUAGGUCAGCUCCAAAUCCUUUCCAGGGUGUCAGUUCUGCUUCCAGUCCAGGAGUUCCCCCUCAGAGCAACAUGACCAGCAACCGAAGACUGCAGCAGACACAGGCUCAAGUGAAUGAGGUGGUGGACAUCAUGAGGGUCAACGUAGACAAAGUACUAGAAAGAGAUCAGAAGCUUUCAGAACUUGAUAACCGAGCAGAUGCGUUGCAAGCAGGGGCCUCACAAUUUGAAACCAAUGCAGCUAAGCUGAAGAGGAAAUACUGGUGGAAAAACUGUAAGAUGAUGAUUAUCCUGGGUGUAUUAUGUACAAUCAUUCUUAUCAUAAUUAUAAGUGAGUAA